GCCUCCACAAAUACACUGCCAACAACAUAGCUCGCAUGGCCCUCCAAUGGCCAUCGAUGAGGGCCCGCAUUCUCAUUAUCAAGCUAAAGUUUCUACACAAGAUCAUUGUGGGUGAUCUUUCCCUCAGCGCCCGAACCUUCCGCUCACUCGCUGUCACGGAUGUCGAGUCACUGCUGCUGGUCCGACAAUGCAGAUUCCUUGAGUCCACACUCGACUCCUCAUUCACCACUUCUAUACUCACAUCCCCCAAAAGUGUCUCUCUCUCUUCAAUCAAGAAAGAUAUACGGAAACUCGACUUCUCUCUACUUCUGUCUGAUGCCGCCUCACAUCGCUCUCAGACCCUGGUCCAACAAAUUGCCUCCAGUCAGGAGGGAAGCUGGCCAAAGUUCUGCAUCCAGGCCGUGUUGAAGUUUCUCUCUCUCCACCCUCACUCAGACAACACAUGCCCCAUUCCAAACUGCGGCAUCUUGUUGGAUACUCAUUCCAUUUGCUCCCAUUUCCUGUCUGACCAUUCCGAGCUCACUGUCACCACCCAAGAAAUCACUGAUGCCUGCAUCUGUUGUUCUGACUCAAUAUUCAUCUUUGGUCGAUCGUUACAUAAUAGUUUUAAAUCACUCCUGUAUUCUUGACCUUCACCUUCCUUCCACCUCCUGUAAACCCAGGGCAAAUGAAAUGUUAUGUUACGUACGCGGUCGUAUAUAAGAAAAAUCGCGCCGUUUGGACCACU